UGCGUCUCUGCUGCGCAGACCCCGGCCCCAGCCGCAGACCCGAAGAGCCGACCGACCAUGUCCAACAUGGAAAAACACCUGUUCAACCUGAAGUUCGCGGCCAAAGAGCUGAGCAGGAGUGCCAAGAAAUGCGACAAAGAGGAAAAGGCCGAAAAGGCCAAGAUUAAAAAGGCCAUUCAGAAAGGCAACAUGGAAGUGGCAAGGAUACACGCGGAAAACGCCAUCCGCCAGAAGAACCAGGCGGUGAAUUUCCUGAGGACGAGUGCGCGGGUGGACGCGGUGGACGCCCGAGUCCAGACGGCGGUGACGAUGGGCAAGGUGACCAAGUCCAUGGCCGGCGUGGUCAAGUCAAUGGACGCGACGUUGAAGACCAUGAACCUGGAGAAGAUCUCUGCCCUGAUGGACAAAUUCGAGCACCAGUUUGAGACGCUGGACGUGCAGACGCAGCAGAUGGAAGACACGAUGAGCAGCACGACGACGCUGACCACUCCCCAGGGCCAAGUGGAUAUGCUGCUCCAGGAAAUGGCAGACGAGGCCGGCCUCGACCUCAACAUGGAGCUGCCGCAGGGGCAGACCGGCUCGGUGGGCACGAGCGUGGCCUCGGCCGAGCAGGAUGAGCUGUCGCAGAGACUGGCCCGCCUGCGGGAUCAAGUGUGAUGACGGAACCCACCCUGCGGCUUCCCGGCCGCAGCCACCUUCAGGUAUACAGAGAGCCACCUUUGCCCUCUGUAUAUUACGGAGAUACGAUACACUAGAGAUUGAACAUACCUGAAUGCUGAAAUGCUCUCUAUUUAAGAUGCUUCUAUCUUUGGGUUUACGGCGCUCACCAGAUACAUUAAAAAAUGCCCGGCUUUCUCCAUUCUUAACUGAAUUUUAUAGUUCUGUAUAGCUUGUGAUGGUGUGUAUUUUUAUAGCUGCCUUUGACAGAACUAGUUAAUUUGGUGUAUAUGAAUCUUUCUCAAAAAUUUCCUUUAAACUCUAGUUCCCGUGUACGCGAUUUUCUGCGGAGAAUUAAUCAAAUCGAAGGAUUUUUUUUUUAAUUUAGUGUAACUGCUAAUACCUGUAAUUGGCAGGUAAUGCAUAAAAAUUAAAGAGGGGAGAAUAAUUACUUAGUUUGAUUACAGGGCUAUAAACACCUCGUUCAACAUAUUUAAUGGACAGUGCUAUGUCUGUGUAUUCUGUUGCCUUUUUUUUUACUUCCUUUUUGCCAUCAAAGUGAGACUACAAUUGACUAUUUGUUCUCCUAACUUGUUUUGCAUAAUACUCCUAUUGUUUACCUUCUAUAAGUUUUUCAUGUAAUAAUUGCCUUUGCAAAACUGGAUAAAAUGCCAACUUCGUUUAUGGGAAAAAUUGUUCUCUCAUUUUUGUUUGCUGUUUAAAUAGAGUUUUUAAAAA